AUGGGCGCGAACAACUCCAAUGCAACCUUGCCGGCCGAGCGCUUUGCGAAAGGAGUGCCAGAAGCCCUGGACUGGACAUCGUUGAUGGGCGUGCUCUUCCAGCCUUGUCACAAAGCUGUCCUUUUGUACACCUCGGAUCAACAAGGGCCUGGUCCUGCGCCGCACCUACCGAGGAAGGAGGUCCUAGCCCUCCGGAGUGAGCAUUCGGGGCCAGCACCGGAGAGGGGUCUGCUUCCCGUGGGCAUGGUUUCCCAGAAGGGCAGCAAGCUGCAGCCCAACCAAGACUCUGCUUUCUAUUUUCAUUUUGUGGAUUCAGACGGAUCUCCGAUAUGGUGUGCCUGCGUCUUGGAUGGCCAUGGGCCGUUGGGUCAUGAGAUGUCGGCACUAGGCAUGCAGUGGCUGCCUCUGCUGAUCCUGAGGGAGCCGAUGCUGGCAACCGAUGCAGGGCGUUUGAUUCCUUCUGAUCCCCAAACGGUGUUCACCGCGAUCCAAGCGGCUUUCCAGAAGAUUGGGCAGCUGAUGCAGAAAGCUUCCGAAACCGGCUGGGGCCCGCGUGGUUACAGCGGAGCUACCUGCACGUUGGCCUUCUGUGCGCACGGGCUGCUGCACACUGCAAAUGUGGGUGACUCGCGGAUGAUUCUGGGAACGCUUCCUGCGACGGGCGCGAGCGGUGCGAGCACGUCGACGCAGGAAGAGUCGGGCGAGUCAAAGGCCGACUGUCGCAUUCUUACGCGUGACCACAAGCCGGAAGACCCGGACGAGCGAUUGCGUAUCGAACAGUUGGGCGGCAUUGUCGCACGCCAGAGGGUUUAUUUAGACGAGUGGCCGUAUGUCGGACUGAACAUGUCUAGGAGCUUGGGGGAUGCAAAGCUGCACGCGGUCGGCGUCUCCCAUGUACCUGACGUUGCUACAGUUUUCCUGGAAAGCGCCGGGAGCCAGCAGCCAGAGAUCGGCUUGAAGCAGCAGUUUUUGGUUGCUGCCUCUGACGGCGUCUGGGAUUUCACCCCGUGUGAUGAGGCGGCGGAGCUCGUGGGCAGAGAGCUUCAAACAACGCAGGUGACGCAGGGAGGCAACCUGGAUCAAGUGUGCUCUGCACUAGUCCGGCAUGCCCAGAGUGCAUGGGAAGCCGAAUGCCCGGACUUGGAUGACAUUACUGUCAUCGUAGUGGCCAUAGAGCCGGAACCUCCGCGCUCGUGA